UCACAAUACGGGCCAUUAUCGGCGUGAGUUUCUUUGACUUUAUGCCUAAAAAACUGAGCAAUCUACAUUUUGACAACAUUUAAACAAUCUGCCAAAGUUGAAAAAUGUUUGCAAUAUUCAGAUUAGCUAAUCGGCAGACUGCUCUUAAAUUCAAAACUAACUUCGGUUUGUUAUCACUGGUCCGCCCAGUGACUCUGAAGCCGCAACCGGCCCCCAAGGAAGAAGACUUGGGCCAUGACGCUCGCAACAUGAAACUGGGGCGUCCGCAAUCGCCCCAUUUAACAAUUUACGCCCCACAAAUGACUAGCAUGUUGUCAAUUUCACACAGAGCGACAGGCAUGAUCCUUGCUUUUUACACCAUUGUGUUGGGGACGGGGGCAAUUAUCCUCCCUGACUCAAUUGAAACCUAUCUGAACGCGCUGGAGGAGUACCAUGUGGGGGGUGUUGUGCUAUCAGUGGGCAAAUUUAUCCUGGCGUUCCCUUUGACUUAUCAUUACUGGAACGGGAUUCGCCACUUGGCGUGGGAUAUUGGACUUUUCCUCUCACUUAAAGAGGUGUACAUGACUGGGUUUGCGAUGUUGGGGCUGGCUUACGGCUCUGCGGCCGUCCUUUCUGUUAUAUAAAUUUAAAAAUUGAAAAUUAGGCGCGUAGGACGAGUGCUGCGCCCUGUCCUUUGACAUUUAAUUACAGUUCCCUGUUUCACGCCAACAUUUUUUGUAUUAUUUUCAUGACGCACUGUCAAAAAUGUGAAUAGAAUAUAAAUAACA